AGCCAGGACAGCUAAGGGGCACUGUCCGGCACUCACAGCCCUGCACAGGGCCCUGACCUCGCCACGGCUCCUAUUGCCUCAUGCUGGCCCCCAAGCUGCUGCUGGGCCAGGGCUGACCACCAAGCCUGGGCUGGGCUGGUGGGGUCAGUUACUCAGCAGCUAAUCCCUAAGGCAGUGUCCACCCCCUGGGCAAGAAGUGUGGGCACUUUGGCGCUGACCGGGUUGUCAAACUGUGGGAUUAAUGCACUCAGAUUGGGCAGAGGCCUGGGUUUGAGGGGACAAGGAACAUUUGUUUGGAAGGUGCUAGAGAAUCUGCGGCCCCCACCAGGACAGUGACAGAGUGGGCUGGGCUCGGCCACCCGCACCUGCUCCCCUUGGCUUCCACAGGAUCCCUCACCUGAGCCCUGCCCCCAGCUCACAGGUGGGGUCAUCUCUGGGUGGGCUUUCUGGACGAGGGGCCUGGGCUAUGCUAGGUAUGGGGCUUGGGGGCCAGCCAGACAGGGCAGAGGGCCAGAGGCUGCCAUGACCACCAGCCCCAGCCGCCAGGCAGGAAGCAGGAGCUGGCAGGGUGGGCUGGGAGCUGCAGGGUGUGACUGGAUCGCAGCCUGUCGGGCUGUAUCCCGGGCUGGCUGCCCCAGGGCAUCUCAGGAGACAUAAAGGCCACGGAGAAGAGGCUGCUGCAUGCCUCGUGCCCAGACGCACCUCCACCAUGCUGUCCCCUGUGCUGGCUGCUGCUCUCACCCUGCUCCAGCUGUCCCCAGGCCAGGCCCAGGUGCCCAUCCAAGCCAACUUUGACCCCACCAAGGGCAUCUGGUAUGUAGUUGGGGCUGUGUCGGACGACCAGGGCUUCCAGGACUCCAAGGAUGGCAUGAAGAUGCCUGUGGUCUCAGUGACUUCCUUGACCAGCGGUGACCUGGCUCUUAAGUUUGGGUACCCCACGCCCGAUGGCGGGUGCCAGAAGAUAGAGACAACCUUCACCAAGGGCGAGAUGGACGGGCGGCUCAGCAUCUCUCUGGCUCCCAGCCAUGGCCCAGACCGACAUCCGCAUGGCCUUUACCGACUACGAGCGCUUCGCAGUGAUGUACAUCGAGACGCAGAAGCCCGCGCCCCAGUGCCGUUUCCUGAAGGCGCCCAGAAGAUGCAGCAGUUGGUAUCUGAAGUGGGCCUGAACCCCAGCCAGGGAGCCCUGCUGCCCAAAUCGGAGCAGUGUACCAGCAUGACGUCCCAGUGAGGGAUCCAGGUCCACUGCUGGCGGGAGCUGAGCCAUGCUGUGUCCUCUGCAAAAUGUACCCCACUUCUCUCCCCAGCUCCCCAAACACAAUAAAUGGUCUUAGAGAGUCA